GAGAGCCAAAUGAGGUCAGUGUCUACCACUGCGUCAAGCUUUAAAGUUUUUCUGAUCAAAUCAAGUACUUGUCAGCUGUUGGCCAGUAAAGAGUGAGCAUCCUGAUUCUGAAGCCAAAAAUGGGAAACUGCACUUCAGGGACGAAGAAGAAACGGAAAGGGGAUUCUACAGCAGAUGAGACUAAUUCAAAGCCCAAUGAGGAUGUAACAUAUGCCUCUAUUGACCACAGCGCUGCAACAGGAUCAAGAAGAGCCAGAGCUGCAUCUGUGGAUGAUUGUGAUUAUGCAACAGUUUACAUUCCUCCAACACUGCAACCUAAACCUGAGACUGAGGAAUCAACUAAAGGCGAUUGUGACGAUGACUAUGUGCUCAUGGGGUGAACAAAAACAGGAAGAAAUGAUUAAAGACUUAAGUGACAGCUUCAGAGGAGCUUGCUUGCAUUUUAACUGCAUCCAGUUGAACUUAACUUCACAGGAAACUAUGACUCAAGCUUGGAGUCGCCUUCUGUUGAAGAAGAACUUGCACUCAUUUGACCUGUUUACACAAGAAAGCCUACUCAAAAAGAAGAAAAACGUGCUAUAUUUUCUGAUGUGCCUGGAUUCUGGAAGUGUCCUGAGAAACACAGUUAGUAAGGAAUCAUUUAAAGUAAAAACAACAGGGUUUUGGCUGACAAACUGCAAGACGCUGUUGUACAUCAGUUAAAAUUGUUAAACUGUAGUAUAUUUAAAAGAGCUUUUGACCCAAAAAAUGUUCACUUUAACAUAAUCUGAUUAAUGGAGGAGCAUAAAAACUACUAUUUAUCCAUGUUUGAUUAUUUUAAUGGUAUAUUUUGGUUGUAGAAAAUUAUGUCUUCUGAGCUAAUCAACUCAUUAUGUUUCUCAUAGUUUUCAGAGAGUACAGAAGCCUGAAGUGGGCAAACAUCCAGGCUUGCCCAAAGAAAUGAUUUGGCCCCAGAAAGCCCAGUACGUUUUACAUCCCAGACUUGAGUGCAAUUCCCAGUAUGUCCAACAUUUAAACAUUACUGGACUAACAGCUACCUGCACCCAUUUAAUAUAUAUAAAUAGAGACGAAUGUCACUCUAAGAGUAGGGAAGGUAGUUCAUUUUAUGAAACUGGCAAAGAUAAAAUGUUUACUUUGUUGCUAUAAUAAUUAAUGGUGAAAAUUUAGCUUCCGUUACAAGAUUUUGUUAGCAUGACUUGACUUUAGGAUUGAAUGUGUUAUACUUACCUUUAUAAGCAGGGUCAUAGGAUUUUGGGCUGCCGUGCUGUUUUAUCAAUAUCUAUGUAGUUUUAACGAUGUUUUCUCUUUAUUAAUGAGCCCAAGUUUUGCUGUGGUUAAAUUAAAUUUACUUGUAUUAUUUCAUUCAUAUUAGUUUAUGUAUUUAUUAGCCCCAUCUUGCUCUCUGUCCCUGCUGUCUUCUCAGUCAUUCUAAUCUUGCGUUCUGCUCUUGUCUUCUUCUCCAUCAUUCUUAUCUUGCUCUCUAUUCCUGCUCUCUUCUCCUCCAUCAUUCUCAUCCUGCUCUCUGUCCCUUCUUUUUUCUCCUCCAUCCUUA